AUGGAUGCCAGCAACCUAACCACCGUCACAGAGUUUGUCCUCAUAGGGUUCUCUGACCUCCCAGAGGUGCGCUAUCCUCUCUUUGUGGUGUUUGCUGCCAUCUAUCAGGUCACCUUGGUGGGAAACGGGGCCAUUCUCCUUGCCAUCGGGACUGAAAAAAAGCUCCAGACACCCAUGUAUUAUUUUUUGGCAAAUCUGUCCAUCUUAGACAUUUUCUGUCCAUCGUCUACUGUUCCUAAAAUGCUUGAGAACCUCUUGACCAAGAAGGAAAGCAUUUCUUUUGUCGGAUGUGCUUUUCAGCUAUUUUUCCUUGUAGCCCUGUUAGGGACUGAAGUCUUUCUUCUUUCUGUCAUGGCUUAUGACAGAUACGUAGCCAUAUGUUUCCCCCUUCGUUACACCCUCAUCAUGACAAAGGGACGCUGUGCCAAGCUCACAGCUGGGACCUGGGCAGCAGGAUUUCUGAACUCUUUACUGCACACGGUAUUUACAUUCCACCUGUCUUUCUGUGAGUCUAAUAAGGUCAACCAAUAUUAUUGUGAUAUCCCUCCAGUGGUGGCUCUCUCCUGCUCUUCCACAUAUGUAGCAGAAACACUUUCCUUAGUGAUAGGAGGUGUCUCAGGUAGCAGCACUUUCCUGAUCACUGGUAUCUCUUAUAUCUACAUUAUAUCCACCAUUCUGAAGAUCAAGUCAGCUGAAGGAAAGCGCAAAGCCUUCUCUACAUGUGCUUCUCACCUCCUUGUGGUUUCUUUGUUCUAUGGUACAAUGUUAUUAAACUAUGUCCGUCCCUCCUCCAGUCACAACUCCCCAGCCAGAGACAGGCUUAUCUCAAUGAUGAAUGGCGUUAUUACCCCAAUGUUAAACCCUAUCAUCUACAGCUUGAGAAACGCAGAGGUAAAAGGAGCACUGAGAAAUGUUUUAUGUCCUAAAACAUGUUUACAGAGAGGAUGA